AAAUCAAAUGCACACAGUGAAAAGUGCAACUCUUACAACCGCUUCAUUUACGGCUGUUGGUAAUCGCAUGGUCUCCUGAACACCUGCCUGGAUAUGCAUCGUUACGCCACCAGGGUAGACUUCCGUCAACGACCGCCCAGGCUGCCGGAUGGCUGAUCGAGGCGCGUCGGACCUGCCGUAUGGUCAGUUUGGACGAGCGGUUUAUGAUCCGGACGAGCAGACUUGGCGUUAUGAGCGAAAAGCGACGUUCACUAGUGUACUUCGUCCGCUAGGCGAGCCACGAGUUGUUAUCGCACCGCCGUCGCCGCCUCCUCCUGGAAGCUCGCCAAGCUUUGAUCGUGAUAUUCCUUCCGUGAGGCACAGAAAGCAGAUUCAGAGUCUCGUCAAGCGCUUUCCGGAUCUGCAGCCAGCGACAGCACUUCUGCCUCCGCUUCUGCGAGCUUCAGAAGCUAUAGAGGCCGCUGCUGCUCAUCAUGAUCCGCUCAAAGGCGAUCUGCUUGCCUUUGGCACCAUACCUUCGAUACCGCAUCAUCACCCUGUCCGCGUAGCCGCUUUCCCCACUGGCCCUACGGGAAGCGAUCUUCGCAUCGUGCAAGUCCGCACACAACGGCGAGGAUGGGAUGAUAAGCGCAAAGCUUGGAUUGAGGUACCCGUCAUUCACGGCCCGGAAACUACCUGGCACGGAGAAGGCGCACCUAUUCAGCAAGUGUGCUUUGCACAUGCCCUUGAGCUGACAGACAGCUACCUUGCUGUACGCCUACCCACACGUACGGUCGUUUUCCGGCCGAUACUGCAAAAGGUAUCGGCUUCUGGUCCGGCGACCCCUCGCUUGGAAGCGAACGUCAUUCUUGUUCUAGAAGCGUCUAUAACCGGAGGCCUACCGCAUGUAGAUGUGGCUUUCAACCCUUGGUUUCCACGGCAAUUUGGUGUGGUAGGUCAAGCGGGAAAGUGGGAGGUAUGGCAGCUGGACGGGCGACACAAGACACAGUCCAGGAGGGUCUUCGCUUCAUCCAUCGGUCUGGAGCGCACCGUUCAGCCUGGCAACGCAAAGCCUACAGAAGAUGGCUGGGCUCGUAUUACUUGGGUCCUGAGCUCGAGCUCAGUGCUUGUGUGCAACAGGCGCGAGCUCUUGCUUCACUCCAUCACCGAGGACAACUCUCACUCGGAGCCGUUCACUGUGUCGGACUUGACGAAAUCGCCCGCUUGGAUCCUUGACAUUAAAGUCGUACCAUCGCAGCCAGCGCAUGUUUGUGUGCUUACAUCCACUCAUGUGUCGAUCUUCGCCUUCCACGAAGACAGAUGGAGUACCCUGUCGACGCAAGUGGCUUCCAGUACCAGGCAUCACCGCAGUCCUCAAGAUACUACCCUGAAGCUCGAUGUCGCACUCUGUCAAGAAACGGUGCAUUUCUUCAUUCGCUCGGAUAUGGACUCUGUCGUUACCGUGCACUCGAUGAUACUCGCGGAUACUGGCAACCUUGUUAUGUCGAUCCCAUAUGAGGUGAAGAUCCCGCAAGGCACGGGGCUCAACGCACGCGCUUCGCUGUUUGUCCUCGACGCACCGUAUGGCACUGAAUCCCCCGAAAUCGGUGCAAGCGAACACAUCCCUGAUGACUAUCAGGGCGUUCACAUUCUCUCCUUGUUUUUACUCCAGGCAGAUGGCUUGUUGACACAAACCCUCUUCUACGUUUCGCCUGCUCGGCAUACACGCCCGCCGAGCGCGCUUACUUGGGACAGCAGGUUGGCUGCCCAUAGAGCACCGCGUAAGCAGGCUUUUGUAGCUGAUGAUGACGAAGCCAAGGAUUCUGAAGUGCGAACACGCCCACUCUCCGCAUAUGUGCGAAGGAGGCGGGCCGACUGCGGCUCUCGUAAGGGAGUGGGCUGGACCAUCAGUCUGGAGUCGGUCGCCGUAAAGUUGGACAAAAGCAUCGCCGAGGAGGCAGAAUUAAUCGACAAGUUCGCAGAUCUUGUGAAUACUGAUGGCCGCCUUCUGUACGGCGCACCGUGGCGGACAUUGCGGCAACACUUUGGAGAUAACAUCACGGCAAUGAGGCCAAACAGGCUUUUAGCAAAGCUCGAGGAAAUGACCCUUGCCACUGUGCCGAAACCUCUUCCAUCGCAGGAUGGUGAUGCACUAUCGCCAACGGAUGAAGAUUGGACCGUUCAGCGCUUGUCAUCGCGGCUUACUACAGCUGUUGUGUGGGACUACCAGACCAUGUCUAAGGACUGGAUCGAUGCACUACCAGGGCGUAUUCCGGAGGAGACUCUGGCGGCAAGAGAAGAGUGUGUCAAGCGCACCUUCACCGAAGUGGCUCUUGCGUCUUUCGUCAAUCGCCCACAGCCCGUUACCGAGCAGCCAAUGCCAUCAUCUCAGAAUGACACGCAGGAGAGUCUGCAGACGCGGAGUCUCACCAUACGUGGCAGGCCGUCAAGCAGCCAAGCAGCCGCCUCACAACGGUCUACGUUGCCGACGCCAUCACCCUCCGCCACCCCGUCAAUCACCACAGGCUCGAGCCAUCCAUCUUCCUUUGCUGCGCCGGCGAUCAGUCGCUUGAGCCGCUACACAACUUUCUCUCGGUCUGCGCCCCCAGCUUUGCCUCGCUCACUUAGCCGAGUCCUCUCACACUGGCAAGUUGGCACAGAUCCAACGACAUAUGACUGGCGCGCAACUGCUCACCGGAUAUCCCGCCGUGAUGAAGAGGCGGAAGAAGCGGAAGGAGAAAUGACUACAAAGGAGCGCGCGAGGGUGCAGAGACGCGCCGAACGGCAUAUCAGAAGACAGCGGAGAGAGGCUGCAGCGAGCCAGGCGGCGCAGAUGGCUACUGGAAACGCGCCGGAGAUUGUAAGUUUCAGUCAGCCUUUGCAGCGGACUGCGAUGGAUGUGCUUCGGACUGUGGAUAGUGGAGUUGCCGGCACAGAGAGUCAGCGAAGUAUUCCGGGAGUUGGAGGGAGUCAAGAGCAGAGUCAGAGUCAGAGUGUUCGGCUUGCUACGGCCAGUCAGGUGGUGAGUGGGAGGUUUGGAGGAAGACCGGCCAAGAAGAAGCGGAAGCAGGGAUUUUGAGACCAUAUUGGUGCUGGAAGUGAGAUCACGAAAGCGAUCCAAUUACAGUCGCUGCUGAAUCAGGACGCCACUCGCACUCAGAUCUUCUGGGUCGGGGUCAGUCGUGCAAACGUACGCCAUUGUCCAAUGCAGAUCAUGGCGCGAGAGAGCCGUGAGCCAGAGGCAAGGGAGAUGUGGCGGGCUGCAUGAGAGUGGAAGACGUGACAUCGAACGAAUCUUGGACCGCAUGAUCGAGUUCCACCGCCGCCCUCUACUCGCAGCAGACCGCGCUUUAGUAUCUUGGCCUUGUUGGGUUCCCAACACCCUGCUGUUAAGGGCCACACCACUCAGGGGCGAUCGGUGCUUUCUUCGCUUUGGAUGUCGCCACCCUCGCCGUCGGUCGCUCCUUCCCCGCCAAGCCCAGCGCCUUGGUGGCUGAAGCAGCCUUUGCGUGCAACUCUG